AAAAAACCCUCCGACGGCGCAGUAUAGCCAAGGCAUUGCAUAUCGCUUGCGAAUUGAGAUCGUGUUAUGUUGUAAACUUGCAAAUGUUGUGAUCAGGAGCCAAAUACAAGGGAGAUCCCUGGCCUUAUCUUACAGCUACAUACAGUAACAAACCGGCUGACAGUGACACAGCUCCAUUCACAGCCUAUUAACACCUUAGUGAUGUUGCAUGUUCAUCAGGACGAUCUUGCACGAUGAUGAAACAACCUAGAUGAGAUGACUACACUAUGGCAUACAUUUGUCUUUGGUUGCUGCUUGGUAUGUGUGUCCUCCGUACCAUAGCUGGAGCUGACAGGAAUGCGACGUCAGGAGUCAUAGACCGAAUUGUGGAGACGCGUCCGGACGUCCUGCCCCAUGUGAGUUUGCCACCGAGUGUUAAUAAUACAUGGCCUCCAUUUGAUGCGUCAAGACCAGAGUUGAGUCCACCACCGGAUAUCAAUCCACCCUUCGAGUUCCUUGGCACAGAAGUUUCUCACUUGAACAAAACUUCCAUGUCGGCCAUGACGACUCAGACCAGUAAUAUUACACGAAUGCAUACAUCUCCUGCCACACAAGAACCAUCUUUAGAUACAGACAUUGUGGCAACGUCUCUCCCUGUUCAGUCAUCUUCAACAGCAGCAGCUGUAGCCACGCGCUCCACCAUGCCCAUACCUGUAUCUACAGUGGCAGUAUCUAAAGUGGGAGUAUCUACAGUAGCAGUAUCUAAAGUGGCAGUAUCUACAGUGGCGGUAUCAGUGACAGUAGCGAGGAAACCAAAUGGGAAUGAGCAUAAUCAUGAACAUGUCAGCAUUGCUGUAUUCUUAGCUGUUCCUGUGUGUGUUGGACUGCUCAUCUCAUUCUUCAUCCUGUUUGGAAAGUACUGCCGCAAGAAAUUAAGACUAGACAAGCUCCGUCAUCAGCUGAUGCCCAUGUAUAGCUUUGAUCCUGCAGAAGGAGAGGAUUGGGAGACAGAAUUACUAACAGACCCAAGAACCCAAGCUACUACCCAGCAAACAACAAACACCACCCAAAGCACCACUCCAAAGCCAACGAGCCAAGCAGAAGUUCCACAGCUAAGAUUUAACUACCCUGCGGCGGACGUGUGAGCCACGCGUUUGAUCAAUCAUUGGGAUGUCUGGCCUGGAGUUAUCCCGUUGACUAAUGAAUUAUCUAAUUCCCAUAGACCUAACAUAGGGACCACCAGGUUCCAGUAAGCAAUGGGUUAAAAUGGUUGUUCAAGUUUGAUUUGAGCUGUAUAUUGAUUUAUUGCUCCAUGUCCAGCUCACCAUGCAGCACAGUAUAAAUCAAUGUUUGCUUUAAUAAAAGCAGGCAAAAACAUCAAAAAGGGCUAAAUUUGAACUUGACAUUGCUAAACGAUCCUAAGAAGAAACUUUUGAAAUCAUUAACACAUGUAUGAAUGUAUUUCUGUGAUGUAUUUUAAUAUAGUCAAGCACUUCGUUCACAUACCGGUACAAUCGAACUCAGAAACAGCUGGCCUGGUCACCAAUGUCCAGAUACAUAUGAUGUGUAUGUGCUUUGCUGAAAGAAAAUGAAAAAAAAGUCUCUGAAUUGAGAAUGCACAUUUGUGAUGCAGAUUGGUGAUAGGUUAACCAUAUAAAAGUGUACUGUGGUCAA